AUGGCGGAUGAAAAAGGCAGAGAUGGCUCCUCGUUGCUCCACGGCAAGUACGAGCUGGGGCGUCUUCUGGGUCAUGGUACUUUCGCCAAGGUCUACCAUGCCAGGAACUUGAAGAGCGGCAAAAGUGUGGCCAUGAAAGUGGUGGGCAAAGAGAAGGUAAUCAAAGUUGGGAUGAUGGAGCAAAUCAAGAGAGAGAUCUCCGUGAUGAGGAUGGUCAAGCACCCCAACAUCGUCGAGCUCCACGAGGUCAUGGCCAGCAAGUCCAAGAUCUAUUUCGCCAUGGAUCUGGUCCGCGGCGGCGAGCUCUUCGCCAAAAUCGCCAAAGGCCGGCUCAAAGAAGACGUGGCCAGAGUCUAUUUCCAGCAGCUGAUCUCAGCCAUCGAUUUCUGCCACAGCCGCGGCGUCUACCACCGGGAUCUGAAGCCGGAGAACCUCCUCCUGGACGAGGAUGGCAACUUGAAAGUCACUGAUUUUGGGUUAAGUGCUUUUUCCGAGCACUUGAAGCAAGACGGGCUUUUACACACCACUUGUGGCACGCCGGCUUAUGUUGCUCCGGAGGUGAUAGGCAAGAAAGGGUACGACGGAGCCAAGGCCGACCUCUGGUCUUGUGGGGUCGUUCUCUAUGUGCUUCUCGCCGGAUUUUUGCCGUUUCAAGACGAUAAUCUCGUGGCUAUGUAUCGGAAGAUUUACAGAGGAGAUUUCAAAUGCCCGCCCUGGUUUUCAUCGGAGGCCCGAAGGCUCGUGACGAAGCUUCUGGACCCCAAUCCCAGUACGAGAAUCACCAUAUCCAAGGUCAUGGAGUCAUCAUGGUUCAAGAAAUCGGUGCCGAAGAUCGUGCGGACGAAACAAGAGCAGGAAUUCGACGAGACGAGCGAGAAGAUAACGUGGAAGCAGACGGAGACGUUGAACGCGUUUCAUAUCAUAUCGUUGUCGGAGGGGUUCGAUUUGUCGCCGUUGUUCGAGGAGAAGAAGAGGGAGGAGAAGGAGGAGCUGCGUUUCGCUACGACGCUGCCGGCGAGCAGCGUGAUAUCGACGCUGGAGGAGGUAGCGAAGGCCGGCAAGUUCAGGAUCAAGAAGAGCGACUCUAUGGUGAGGCUGCAGGGGGAGGAGAGUGGACGGAAGGGGAAACUGGCGAUUGCGGCGGAGAUAUUCGCGAUGACGCCGUCGUUUCUGGUGGUGGAGGUGAAGAAGGACAAUGGUGAUACGUUGGAGUACAACCAGUUCUGCAGCAAGGAGCUGAGACCGGCGCUGAAGGACAUCGUGUGGACCUCCCCGGAGGACAGUUCGACGGCUGUUUGA